GUUUUCGAAAUAAAAAAGGAGAAAGCGGAAUCCUGCUCCUCAACCUCUAACUCUCACAUCAACGGUACCAUUUCGCGCCGAAAACCGCAUCGAAUUGGAUUCCUGGUUUCAUCACUUUUGCACCACAACUCUGAAGGAUUCCAUAUGGAUUCUCUUAUCAUCUCUGGCCUCAGAUCCAUUGCGAGCUUCAAUCUUGCACAUAGUGCCCCAAAGAGAAAGGAAAUGCCUUUCUGUGAAGCAGAAACAGAAUUGACGUUCGAUUUUCGGUCGUUUCUUCAAUUAUGCCGACCUUGAAUUCUCCGUUAGGCGUACCUGGUGAUGGUAGAUGUUUGUUCCGUUCUGUGGUUCAUGGAGCUUGCUUGAGAGAAGGAAGAUUGUCUCCAAGUGACAGCGUUCAAAAGGAAUUAGCAGAUGAUCUUAGAGCUAAGGUUGUGGAUGAAUUCAUUAAGAGGCGUCAAGACACUGAAUGGUUUCUUGAAGGUGAUUUUGAUACAUACAUUGCACAGAUGAGGCAGCCUCAUAUUUGGGGAGGAGAACCUGAGCUGCUGAUGUCCUCCCAUGUGCUACAGAUGCCUAUCACUGUAUAUAUGAAGGAUCAGUUCUCUGGCAACCUCAAAUCCAUAGCUGAAUAUGGUCAAGAGUAUGGCAAGGAAAACCCCGUCCGUGUGCUGUAUCAUGGUUGUGGACACUAUGAUGCAUUGCAAACCUCUUAUUGUGGACCACAAGCCAAGAUCUACAAGAAAAGAUGAAGAGGUUCCAUGAGUAAGAAGAAUUGCAGUAUUAGCAUACAUUCCUAUAUAUGACAUGAUGUACUAAAGUAUGUUCUUACUUGAAUUCAAAAAUUACACCUAAUGAUUCUGAAUAAAAGGUGUAUUCUGUAUAGCAAUUCUCUGUCUUUAUAA